UUCCAUUCCCAGCUUUGGUGUCCGAUUACGCUACUCUGCGCUCUCAUUGUGAUUUUGGGCUAGGCUAAAAGGAAAUGUCCCGGGAGGGUCCCUGUGGGGCUGCAUAAAAUUGGUAACCUCAGAACUAGGGGGAAGGAGGGUAUACGACGUCGAGGGGCGGGGAGAAGGGGCGGAGGAGUUGCUCUCUGAAUCCUAUUCCGUGGACUCUCGGAGAUCCACCGGCGGGAGCAGAGGCGACCAGCGGGUCCAUCCGACUGUUUGUGAGCCUCUGCUCGCUUUCCGUCGCCUACUCUUUGGGAUUGGAAUCAUAGCUGCUCCGAGGGGCCUAGUCCAGGACACUAGGGUGCCACCAACGCGCUGAUGCCCCGAGUGCUCGCAGGGCUUCCAACUAACCAUGCGGCAGCUGCCUUGGCGCUGCCCCUGCUACUGUUACUGCUGGUGGUGCGGACGCCGCCCCCGACCAGCGCAAGGCCGUCCUCAGGCCCCGAUUACCUGAGGCGCGGCUGGCUGAGGCUACUAGCCGAGGGCGAGGGCUGCGCUCCCUGCCGGCCAGAAGAGUGCGCCGCGCCGCGGGGCUGCCUAGCGGGUCGGGUGCGCGAUGCUUGCGAUUGCUGCUGGGAAUGCGCCAACCUCGAGGGUCAGCUGUGCGACCUGGACCCCAGCGCUCAUUUCUACGGACGCUGCGGAGAGCAGCUUGAGUGCCAGCUGGACGCAGGCGGCGACCUGAACCACGGAGAGGUGCCGGAGCCGCUGUGUGUCUGCCGCUCGCAGCACCCACUUUGCGGUUCUGACGGUCGUACUUACGCCCAGAUCUGCCGCCUGCAGGAGGCGGCCCGCGCUCGGCCCGACGCCAAUCUUACAGUGGCGCACCCAGGGCCCUGCGAAUCGGAGCCCCUGAUUGUGUCUCAGCCUCACAACAUUUGGAAUGUGUCGGGGCAGGAUGUGAUCUUUGGCUGUGAAGUGUUUGCCUACCCCAUGGCCUCCAUCGAGUGGAGGAAGGACGGAUUGGACAUCCAGCUGCCAGGGGAUGACCCCCACAUCUCUGUGCAGUUUAGGGGUGGACCUCAGAGGUUUGAGGUGACCAGCUGGCUGCAGAUUCAGGCUGUGCGUCCCAGUGAUGAAGGCACCUACCGCUGCCUUGCCCGGAAUGCUGUGGGUCAGGUUGAGGCCCCAGCUACCCUGACAGUGCUCACACCAGACCAGCUGAACUCCACAGGCAUCCCCCAGCUACGAUCACUGAAUCUGGUUCCUGAGGAGGAGGCUGAAAGUGAAGAGAAUGAGGAUUACUAUUAGGUCCAG